GCUCCAUUGCUUUGCUGACUUAGACCCACAAAGAAAUCGCAAAUGUCAAGAAUGUGUCAUCACUGUGUAUGUCGUUCUUGCUCUUCCUCGUCGCUCGACGCCAGCAAGAGCAAACAACAAGACAUCUCCAGCGCUCUGGCCGACACACGUAAUAAGCGUGUUGCCGUGCUGGUGAAGGUGAACUUGAACAUUGAAUUGCUGUACUGCUCAUCGAGCUUAACACCACAUGCCCGAGUUGUUUCACACCGCCUCCGCUGCGGGGUUGCCUCUGUUGGAUCGUCGAAACAAGGAAAUCUACCUCCAACACAACGGCAUGAAUCUAACUUUGUACUUUCUUUUCGCCCAAGACCUUGCCGCAGACCACAAUGUGCGUCGUGACAGAAGCAACCCUUCCCAUUACUCAACCGUGCCCUCCCAGACAGCCCGCCGGCCCCAGACCCAUGCCCUCCCGAACUCAGCUUGCGAACAGCCGGCCUGCGCGUCUGUCAAACCUGCCAAACUCAAACCUGUCGCUCCCCCACGCGCAUGGUGCGACAAAAAACUCCACUUCGCUGGGCCGUCGCUGGGGCUCCGCCCACGCUCACAGGCUCCCGCGACUGGUCGCUUUUAAUAAAAGGUGCACCACUCGCAGCACAUCUUGCAGCCCAUCGCCGUCACAUCGCAGCUGCAGUGAACCCUGCUCCGUCACAGUGCCUGAUUGUCACAAGGCGUGCCGCACCGCGGGAGCCGGUCCCGGCGGCGAGCAUCGGCAGGACGGAGGAUUUCACGCGCGACGCACGCAGGAGGGAGACGGGAGGGGAGGACGGGAGGGGAGGACGGACGCGAACGCGAGAGAUCGUCACGUUGGAAGUCGGUUUGCGAGAGGCUGGACAUCACGGGCGGCGGGAGGAAAGAAGCGGGCCGAGUUGCGCCCGAUCGCAUCGCGGCCUGGCAAAACAUGUUAUACGCAUGGGGGGAUUAUUGCAGAAGUACGAUGCACUUGUCAGUUGAACGCGAACCGCGCGCGGUCGCGUUAGAACGCCGCUACAGUGGGGCGUAUGGGCAUUGCAUCGUACCACGACUGGGUCGCGGCGGCGCGGCACCUACACACGGGACAUGGCAGCACAACUGCCUGCAACGGGCGAGGUGCAGCGUUUGUCGACACGAAGAGGAUCUCCGCCUUGAGGAUCUUCGAUAGUCUGGGUGGAGGGAUGGCGCCGAGGCGGUGGGUUGGAGGCUGGGAAGGGGGGAUGCCCUUGGGAAGCAUCAAUACGACGUGCAUGUAGACACGAGCUGCGACAGACGG